GGAAAAUAAUAAAAAGCAAUAACAAAAAAAUCCAAUGAUGAAAUAAUGAAUUAAUGUCUUAUCAUCUUAAUCCCACCCGGAUGAAGGAUUAAUGUUUUCAGUCAUUUCCGCUCCAUCAAAUCAACAGGAAUAUCGCAGUCAUGUAAUGUCGAGGCUUACACAUUUUGUUUUGUACAUCAUAUUUCUUUCUCGUAAAGAUUAUGGCUAUUUCAACAUGUCAGAAAAUCACCUUCGUCUCCUGCAUCGUCCUCUGUAUGUCUUUAUUUCUACCCAAAAUGUUUUUACCCAGAGAGAAGAAAGAAAAAGUGCGUGCGGAGGUCGGGCCAGGGCAUUACCCUCAAUUACAUCAUGGGCAUUCAUUCUCUGAAGAUCAAGUUAACUGGUACACAGAGUCUCAUUACAACCCAGAGGCCAUUGCCAGAACCAAGGGUGUUGGCAAGCCAAAUCUUCUGGUUCAGGUCAUUCCUGUAUAUGGGUUUGGGAUCUUCCUUUAUAUCAUCUACCUGUUCUUUAAGCUGACGUCUAAGGACAAACCCCAACACCAAGGGUGCAAAUUCCCCAUAUUGCAGGCAGAACACACAUUGGAAGAAAUGUCUACUUGUCAGCCUCAGACCAAAAUGAGUGAAAGAAUGAGAGAAAAGAAAAUAUUUAAAGUUGUUCAUCCAUCUGCCAGGUCCCGCAGGGGCACACGGAGACGGGAGGAGAAGCUGAAGCAGUUGAAGGAGAUCACUCAAAUGAUGCGGGAGAGACAGCUUCGAGAGGGAGUCACGCCAGAAGAGGAGGCUGAGGAAGCCCCCUACACCGCAGACUGGGAGGGCUAUCCAGAGGAAACCUUUCCGGAGUAUGAUGUGGCCUUUCGCAGAUGUAGGUAUCCUAGCGUUAUACUGGAAGAACCUGGCCAAGUUAUACCCACAGCUGAGGAGCUUGCAGAAAGAAUGGAUAAAGAAGAGGAAGAAGAAGAAGAAGAAGAAGAGCCUGCUGACAAUGACUGUAGUGAUGAGAAUCAAGUGAAGGAGGAGAUUAAAGGUGAAGAUGCCGAAAAAGAAGAGAAUGAGGAUGAAGAUAGUGAAGAAGACAGUGAUGAGGAAGAUGGGGAGGACGACAUUGGAGAGGAACAGCCAUGUCUUCCUAAAAGUAUUGAUGAGGAUGACGAGAGACAUCCAGGUGAAAGAGAAAAGAGACCAAGCAGAAGACGACAAAUCACUUUUAGUGAUCACAGACAUGUCUUUCAUUAUCCAAAGGGUGGAGCUGUUGGCUGCAAGUAUGAGGAAGAAGAGGAGGAGGAACUUAAAGAAGAAGAGGGGGAUGAAGAUGCAACUGAAGAAGACUUGGAAGAUGAGGAAGAUCAGAAUAAUGAGGAGGUGCGGAGUGAAACGGAUGAGGAGAAGGAAGAGGACCCACUAAUGGAGGCUGAGAGUCUAGGUUUUAAUGAUGACGAUCUUGAGUGUGAUCCUGAGGAACAGGAAGUAGAUCUCAUUGACUUCCUCCAGACAUACCAACCCGAGGUAACCGUCAUCUCCAGUCAGUCACCGUCUCUAAAAGCUAAGGCAUCUGGAACACUUCGAAUGCGAAACAAGAAACAAAAGAUAAAGAAGUGACCCACCCGUCCAACAAAAUUCAUCUUUAAUUCUCUCCUGUAGAACUGUACCACUUUAUAAACUUACAGUACCUUAUUGUAAAUCUUUCCGAUUACUCUGUUCAAGGAGACACCUUCUUAAUAACCACUGUGAUUUUAUGAUCAAUAUAAAGGGUCGUUCACAUUAUAAUGAUAAGUAUAUAGAAGAGUUCACACCAGGGGCGUCAG